UGCUAGUUCAUUCCCAUUCUUUUCAUAUUUCUCAUCAUAAGUAUAUUCAACAGCCAUCAUGAAGAUUCAAGGUCGAACAUUUGUCAUCUCCGGAGGUGCUUCCGGCCUAGGCCAGGCAUGCGUUGAAGAUAUAUGCGCCAAUGGCGGCAAUGUAGCAAUCCUCGACAUGAAUGAGGAGAACGGUCAAGAACUAGUCAAGCAAUUGGGUUCAUCGGCUAAAUUCUUUGAGUGCAAUGUGCUGGAGACAGAGAGCGUUACCAAGGCCGUCCAAGGUGCCGCACAAUGGGCCAAAGAGACGGGGAAGCCUCUCGGAGGUGUGAUUGCUGCAGCUGGUGUAUCAACUCCUGCGACGAUGCUCGACCGUAAUGGUGCGGCGUUCAGCCUCGAUGACUUUGACUUUGUUAUCAACGUCAACCUCCGCGGCACAAUCGACCUCGUGCGUCAGACUCUCGAGCACCUUGCAAAGGUAGACCCCGAGGGACCGGACGGCGAGCGAGGCGUUGUCAUCAUGGUGGCUUCAUCAGCAGCCUUUGAUGGCCAAAAGGGUCAGGUCUCUUAUUCUGCCAGCAAAGGCGCCGUGACGGCCAUGACACUUCCUAUGGCACGAGAUCUUGCUCGAUACGGCAUCCGAGUCGUGACCAUUGCGCCCAGUCUGUUCGAUAGCCGAAUGACGAGUGUGAUGCCCGAGAAGGUCAAGAAGAGCCUUGAGGGCGCGAUGGAGUUUCCCAAGAGAGCUGGUCAGCCCAAGGAGUUUGCGCAAUUGGCGCGACAGGGAAUUGAGAAUGUCAUGUUGAACGGUGUUGUUAUUAGGUUGGACGGUGCUAUGAGAAUGCCCAGCAAAAUGUAAGAUAGAUACAAGUUGUAUUAUUGAGAGUGGUCGGAUUUGUCAGAUUGGAAAUACAAUAAUAGAUUGGUAAUUUGAAUGAUCAUGUAAUUCAUUUUGUUUAAUAGACAUCCACUGAAGCUGGGCUUCACUCUGCCGAGAAUAGUAUCCGGGGGAGCUAUUGCG